AUGGCGGGACGGGCCGCGAUGCGAACCCCUGAACCGCCCGACCGCGACGAACGCGAAGAUUCGCCACCACGACUGUCGAGACCGAAACGCACCACUAGACCACCAAGAAACUAUACUCGAGAACAAGAGAUCGACAACGAACAGAGGAAGACGCGACCCCAGCAAAAGAAGAGAAUUGAACCCGAAUCUCAGCCUGACGUGGCAACUUCGGACGACUCCGCGACCGAGAGCGACGACCUCGAUGUCAGCAAUUUAGUGAAAGAGAUCGCCAAACUCAGGAGAGAAAUCAGACUCCGAGAUGAACUACACAAGGAAGAGCUACAAAAUGCUAAAGCAGAGUUUGGUGCUGCCCUCGCCGAGGCCCGACACGAGCUACAGAACCUAACAGAUAGGCCCCCGACAUCGCAAUGCCACUCUGGGGCAUACGCUCAGAACGGCCACGAUGAAAUCCUCCGCGAAAUUCAAUCCUUACGUAAGGAAAUCAGCGCUCCCGCUCUCACGGGUUCCCCGUCUUACGCAGAUGUCGCCCGCACUCCCCCGCUCAGUCACCCGAGCAAUAUACGGAGUCUCUCGACAUCAAACACAACACCAACGACGUUCACCGACACGCUCUAUUGCACAAUCGACACCUCCAAAAUGGUAGAAAACGAAAACGAGAGGAUGGCUGCAGGCUCCAUCCGGGCAGCAGUCGAGACAGAGAUCCGAACGACAGAAGAUCAUGUGCAUUGGCGCUGUCGCGCCGUCACCGUGGAUCCGAAGAAUACGAACCGAAUCAGAAUAGCGUGUCGUGACGAAGCUGAGCACCAGCUAGUCAAGAAAGUGGCGGAAGCCAAGAUCGGCGCGGGAGCUAGGGUGCUUCGGGAUGAGCUGUACCCGAUCAAAGUUGACAGCGUUAAUAAAGCCGCAGUUCUGGAUAAAAAAGAUGAGAUCCGGGCCGGAGCGGCAGCAGCCUUCAGCGAGGAGAAUAAGGCCACCGUCGCGAAAAUCGCAUAG